CCCUCAACGCUACAGUAAGCGACCCAAACAAAGCAAGAUGGCCGGGAGCGCGAGUGUGCUUGUCAUCCAGAGCGAUUGGCAUGACACUUUACGGGAUAAUGACAGUUCUGCAUGGAUAUUCCACAAACGUCUUGGAGAGAAGGGAGAAUAUGGAAAGAUUGGGGGUUCUGCAUCCGAUGGAAUUUUCCAAGUUCACUCCCGCACUGAACGGACGAUUGCUGUGUCACACCAUCCAUCGGGAAUGUCCACCAUAUUCAUUGCACCAGUUGCAACAUUUAACCACAUCCAUGCAAAAAGUGUGAUUGGACUGGAUGUAGGAAAUGGUGGACUUGGUGUCUCAGUUUGCUCAGAAAACAAGCUACAUGUCUGGGAAACAGAGAGCGGUGAAGUGAGAAGAUUGCUCGAGGGUCAUUUUUUUGAUGUGUAUACCUGUCGCCUCUUCCCUUCGGGCAUUGUGGUGCUGUCAGGAGGGGGGGACAUGCAACUCAGAAUAUGGGAUGCAGCCACCGGGCAGUGUCCUGUUGUUCUAAAGGGCCACACAGGAGCUGUUCUCGACACAGCUUUUGUUGAUCGUGGGAAGAAUGUGAUUUCUGUCAGCAAGGAUGGAACAGCAAGACUUUGGAACUGUGGACAAAGUAAAUGCAUAGCAACUCUCCUGACAGCAGAAUCAACAAUAACAUCUUGUGCAAUAACAGAUGUCACUGGUUUGAUUAAUCUUCCUGCACCUGCAGAAAUACCAGGUUGGUAAUAGUUUAUAUUCCUU